AUGGAUCUCAGGACUGUUACCAUCCUCCUCAGCCUAUGCGAGAUACUUCUUGCCGUCCCCAUUCAAGGUUCCCAAAAGGAUAAACGCCAGGGUUUCGAAGACGCGUUUGAUUUCGGUGAUCUGGCGAAUACAGGUGCCUUUUCCAGUAGCACGAAUCCAUUUGGCUCAAUAUCGUCUGGCGCCACCACGGGCUCAAACAACGCAGGCGUGCUUAACGGUCUUCAAGGCCUGAUUUCGCCCACCGGGAACCCGUCGUCCACUCAGAAUGCCUCUCCAAGCGGCGCGAAUCCGUUUGGGGCGUUGUUCUCUGGCAUCAUUCCGUCCACGAGCGGCUCAGGCUCCCCAACUGGCACUGGGAAUAUGAUUUUGCCAACUGGAACUUUCUCCUCUGGCUCUCAAACUGGUGAUGACGAAACGAACCAAGGACUGUCUGGUUUUGGCGACCUAUCCCUGGGUGGAGAGGGUGGUCAAGACGCCGAUGAGGGUAACAGCCCAGAAGGCGAGAGUGAUGCUUGA